UAAUCUUUAGAGAGAUAAAUGUAUGUAGUGUAUUCAGUGUAAUGAGCUUUCCAAAGAUUACAUGAUUUUAUAGUAGGAAAUAAGACAUAAAAGAUUUGGGCGACGUGGUCGCCAUGUUCGUAUUGAUACGCAAAUCACUAAUCCGGAUCCGCGGGAUCCUUUGUUGAUUGUGUGUAUCUCUGAAAAGACGUCAUUGAUGUAGUUUGUCGUACGGAGUUGCCAUGUAGCUUGCCAUGAUGUCCAGAGACACCAUGCAUAGAUUAUUUGGAUAGGCUUCAACUACCAUGUCCAGGGUCGCUGUGGACGCUCCUUUGGCUAAGGUACUUGAUCGCGUCCAUGGUUGCUGUGGACAUGCUCUCUGGAUAAGCCUACCCCGACAUCCACGGUCACUGUGUAGUUCCUGAUCUUCUAUUAACUUGCGUCCACAGUCGUCAUGUACAGUAUUUUAUCUUCUAACCCGCGCGUGGUCACCAUGUACGAGCUCUUCUCAUACCUUGUCAUCAUCCGUGCAUAGUUACCAUGCACAUCAACCUCUAACUGUUUUCAUCCAUGUUAACCCGGUCAACAUUUAUCCAUGGUUGGGAUAAUUAUACCAUCACAAGCCCCCCACUCCUUAAGCCAAAUAGCAUAUUGGCUAUAAGGAGUGUAGACACAGUUACCGUGUCAACCUUGAGCGUACAUGGUCACCAUGUCAACCUUUGUUAUUUGCUUUUAACCCAUUCAAUCAUUUAGUUUUUUAUUUUUUAUUUUUAACCAAAAAUGUGUAUCUUAUCUUCCCCAUUUUACUUUCUUCCUGGCAGCUUGGUUGGGUGAGGGUCAGCCACCGUCAUUGUUGUACCGCCCAGGUCGCAGCUCGCCGGCAACCAGGCCAGCGCCGUCUGCCGCUCGCCGGCGUCUAUCCACGCCACCAGCAAGCCCACUCAGAGUUCCCGCCUGCCACCGCCCUUUUCAGCCUCCGACGGCUGCCGCGAGUAAACCGAACACCUCAACUUCACCAGCGUGGACCCUGUAGCGCCGGACGCCAGAUUUUGCAGCUUAACCAGCACUGUCGUCGGUUAUACCCGCCCCAGGUUGCGGUCCGUUUUUCUGCUGCGCCCUAUCCCGGUAGCCGCCAUCAGUCCUUCGUCGUCAGACACCAGCGAACUCCAGUGACAUCAAGGAAUUUCUCUCCGUCGUCGUCUACUUCCUGCGGCGUCGUUGUUCUGCACCGGGCUCCUCUGUCGUUGUCCUGGAUUUUCCGCCGCUGCUGCUAAGGUACGCACAGAGGUACGCUCCCUGCAUUCUCCCUCUUUCCUUUUAUUUGUUAUUUUGACUUUUCCUUUUUAAAGCUUCUCCGUAUUAAUUUUGGCUAUGAAACAUACUUUGUAGUUCGUAGCUCCUUUGUUGCCCAUGUAGUGACAUCCUUUUCAUUUUUAUUUGAAUAGCUGCCACCAUUUAUGGAUAUAUUAGAUUCAAUAAACUCUGAUGAAUUGCUCAGUGAUGACGGAGAAUUAGUGUUGGGGAAUUUUCCUCAUCCCUGGGCAGAUGUUAAUUCUGAUGUUGAAGAAAUUAGUCCCAUAAAGCCACGAGCCGCUUCAGUCAAACCACCAAAGCGUCGCUACCGUGGUCCGUAUCCACCCUUAGACCCGAGCCCCAUCUUACACUACAGGUCGCGCCUCUCAGUUUCCAAGUUUGAAAAGUAUAAGAAAUUUUUUCCGUCCACAGUGACUGUCCGAUGUCCCGAUUCGGAGGAUAUUGUAACCGAUCCUCCUAAAGGUCACUUUUUUGGGGUGCAUAUUCUCUCCAUAAAAUUAGGAUUCCGCUUUCCCACGCACCCUUUGAUUAUUGAGUUUUUAAAUGACCUUGAAAUUUCACCUUGUCACCUGACUCCGCUCGGUCAUCAGUAUCUGGUAGCUUUCUUAAUUAGUCCGGUGUGAAACACUUGGGAUUGAAUCGUCCCUAGACCUCUUCAAGCAUAUGUUCCGAGCUGGGCAGUGCUCGGCAUCUGAUAGUCUGUCCUGGGUGUCUAUCUCUCAGCGCAACCACUUUGACAUGUGGAAGGUCACUCGUAGCAACGAAGCCAAUUGGAAAGAAGAAUUUGUCUAUGUGUCGUCUGGAUCUCCGUUACCUUUUUCAUCGUCUUUGAAUUGUCGAUUUAAGAAGUAUUCGUACCCGAAACUUCCAGUUGACCAGGAGACAUGGCCGGCUAUGAUUCUUUCUGGAGGACCGUAUAGCCUCUCUGCCUUUACUUCCGAAGACCGCCUAACCACGGUUGGACUCUAUUCGCCGUCACCAUGUUCGGGUGCACACGCAUCCACGUCCACGGAUCAAGAUAUGACAUCGCGGUUGGAGAUGUUCCAAAGCUUCGACCAGGAUGGGCCUCGCGGUAGUGACCAGGGGCGCUCUGACAAGAAACCAAGGGUUCCCUCCGUCACAAAAGGCAAGGAUGCCAUUGUAACUGUGCCUUCAUCCAUUGCAAAACGCAGGGCCGCUAGCCCCGCAGCCCGCGUCACCCGUAGCAUGAGUGAUAUUCCCACGGCGGGGAUGACUACUUGGUUACGAGGUAACCUUGAGUUACCUCCGCUCUUAUCACAGGUGAUCACGGCGACUGAGAAGGAGAAAAUUUCAACACUUGACCAUGCUGCUUUAGAGAAGAGGAGCCACCAUGGCCUGGCCGAGCUACUGUUGUCCAUCUCCGAGGUGAGCCGAAGGAAAGAUGAGCGCGAGAAAGAUUUGUCGCUACAACUCACCGAAUUAGCGAAGGAGGUGGCAUCGCUCAAGCUCGUGCGUGACUCACAUGCAGCCGAGGUCACUGCGCUUAAAGAAAUGCACGCCGUGGAGUUGGCCAAUGCAAGGGGGCGGGCCGUGGAUGCAUACAAGAAUUCUCCAGAGUUCGUGUCUGAUCAGGAAGCAUACAUUAAUGCCCACUUGAACGAUAUUAACAAGCAUUGGUUGUCUACUCCGGAAGGUCGUGAGAAACUGGCCUCAGAGAGCUACAUCUCCUACCAGAUCGGGAUAUAUGCCACUCAACAGAAAAUAUAUCCUAUCUUGAGGGAUAAGGCUGGUACCUCUUGCAUCACUGAUUGGGGACUUCCUCCUGAGGUUCCCAACCCUGAGAUCCCGGUAGCCAACACGCCCCUGGACUACAUUCCUUUUGACAGACUCCCCACUGAUGAGGAGCUUGGCGAUCUUCCUUCCGAGACAGGUCACCCAGCUUCGACUGCUUCUGUGCCUUAGAGCAUGCAUGGGAGUGACGGAUGGACGUAGUGUAGACUUUAAUUCUGUCAUGUCUUCAAUUACGAGUACCCGAAUUGCUAAACAUGUUUUGAAUUUCAUAAAAUAAUAAUA